AUGGCAAACAAUGGUGAUGAUUCUCAGUUGAACAUUGACAGUCUAAUUGAGCGGCUUCUUGAAAUGCGUGGAUGUUAUUCAUCAGGUCAGAUGGCCAAUACGUCAGAAGAAGCAAUGAAGAUUUUAUGUGCCAAAUCAAAAGAGAUCUUCCUUAGACAACCCAUGCUACUCGAACUUGAAGCUCCACUUCAUAUCUGUGGCGACAUUCACGGUCAAUAUACUGAUCUGCUUCAACUUUUCGAUAUUGGCGGUUUUCCACCCAAAUCCAACUACUUGUUUCUGGGCGACUAUGUAGAUCGAGGCAAACAAUCAUUGGAAACAAUAUGUCUUUUGCUUGCCUACAAAAUAAAAUAUCCUGACAACUUUUUUUUACUACGUGGAAAUCAUGAGUGUUCUUCAAUCAACCGCAUCUAUGGAUUUUACGACGAAUGCAAACGACGAUACUCUAUCAAAUUAUGGAAAUCAUUCAAUGAGUGUUUCAAUUGUCUUCCAGUAGCUGCUAUUAUCGAUAGAAAAAUCUUUUGUUGUCAUGGAGGUCUCUCACCUGAAUUGCUGAAUUUCGAUCAAAUUAGGCGGAUUCAGCGGCCCAUUGACGUACCUGAUAGUGGCCUUCUCUGUGAUUUACUUUGGGCUGACCCAGACAAUGAGGCGAAAGACUGGGCCGAAAAUGACGCCGGUGUUUCAAGCAGAUUCGGUGUUAAUGUGGUGAAUCAAUUUUUGAAUCGAUACAACAUGGAUUUGAUCUGUCGAGCACAUCAAGUAGUGGAGAACGGCUACGAGUUUUUUGGUAAUCGUCAACUUGUCACUAUCUUCUCAGCACCGAACUACUGUGGUGAAUUUGAUAAUGCAGGUGCAAUGAUGUCAAUCGAUCAAAAUUUGAUGUGCUCAUUUACGAUUUUUCAAUCGAGCGACAAGCAGACUAAAAAACAGGAUGCUGGUGAUGUAGAGGCUGACCGACGAACCGCGUUUUUCAAAGCCAAUGUCAAUAGUCUAUCAAGGAUUCAAACUGCAGAAUUCGAUAAGCACGUGAAAUGGGCUGACAUCGAAAACAGUACAGCACCUAAAGAACAUACACUAUACUCACUCUAUACAGAACUCUAG